AUGAUAGCAGUUCCAGUCACCAACUUGCUUGCAAAUGUCAUGCUUUCAACUAAAUUUGUUGACUCAAAAUUAAGAACUGGAAAUAAGGAAGCCACCGAAGAAGAAUUAGAAAGAUUAUUAGAUAAAAUUAUGGUUUUAUUUAGAUUUAUUCAUGGGAAAGAUGUUUUUGAAGCAUUUUACAAAAAAGAUCUUGCCAAAAGGCUCCUUGUCGGCAAAAGUGCUUCAGUAGAUGCAGAAAAAUCUAUGCUUUCUAAAUUAAAACAAGAAUGUGGAGCUGCUUUUACUAGCAAACUAGAAGGAAUGUUUAAAGAUAUGGAAUUAUCCAAAGAACUUAUGCUUGCUUUCAAACAAUAUUUACAAAAUAUAAAUCCUCCUGGAAGUAUCAAUAUGACAGUUAAUAUAUUGACAAUGGGCUAUUGGCCAACUUAUCAAGCAAUGGAAGUUCAUUUACCAGCAGAAAUGGUCCAAUAUCAAGAAAUAUUCAAAAGAUUUUAUUUAGGCAAACACAGUGGAAGGAAAUUGCAGUGGCAACCAAAUUUGGGACAUUGUGUAUUAAGAGCUGAUUUCUCUGCUGUAAGUCAUUUUAUAUUAUUGCAAUCAUAUUCAUAUUUUAAAAAUAUUGAUUUGAAGUUGAAUUUUUAAUGCCAGGUUUUUCAC